AUGCUCCCCAGGGAAGGCACCCAAUAUCCAGGGAUCGUCAAACUUCUCUUGCAUUUUAGGUGGAUGUUGAUAGGACUCAUUGCUCCAACCACUGAGAACGGAGAGAGGUUCACAAGAACAUUGACUCCUAUGCUUACAAAGAACAGCAUUUGUGUUGCUUUUUCCCUCUGGGCUGUGGCACAUGCCAUAAACACAGCGUAUUCCUCCAGAUCCACCAGGCGUGUGAGGAACAGGAGCUAUCAGUUGGAAGGUCAAAUGCUUCAGCCUUGGCAGCCCCUCCCUCCUUCCAGGUGUGUGGAAAGUUGUCAACCUGGAUUCGCCAAGGCAGCUCAGGAAGGAGAACCUGUCUGCUGCUACCUCUGCCUUCCUUGUGCAGAAGGAACCAUCUCCACUAAGGAAGAUGCAGAAAAAUGUGCCAAGUGUCCAGAAGAUCAGUAUCCAAAUCAGGAACAAACCCAAUGUAUCCUCAAGGUCAUCACUUUCCUGUCCUAUGAAGAAACGUUGGGGGUCAUUCUGGUUUCCUUUAUCCUAUUCUUGUCCUUCAUAACCAGUGUGGUAUUAGCCAUCUUCAUUAAACAUCUAGAAACUCCAAUAGUUAAGGCCAAUAACCGCGACCUCUCCUAUAUUCUCCUCUUGUCCCUCCUUUUUUCCUUCUUAACCUCCUUCCUUUUCAUUGGUCCUCCAAGGAAAGCAACUUGCCUUCUCCGACAAUCAGCCUUCAGCGUCAUCUUCUCGAUUGCUGUCUCUUGUGUCUUGGCCAAAACAAUCAUGGUGGUGCUGGCCUUCUUGGCUACAAAACCAGGAAACAGAAUGAGGAGAUGGCUGGGGAAGAGCUUGGCCAAUUCCAUCAUUCUUUCUUGUUCCAGUGUCCAAGCUGCCAUAUGUAGUUUCUGGCUGUGGAAUUCUCCACCCUUCCUUGACUCUGAUAUGCACUCACAAUCUGGAGAGAUCAUCCUGCAAUGUAAUGAAGGGUCUGAUGCCAUGUUUUAUGUUGCUCUUGGCUACAUAGGUUUCCUGGCUGCUGUCUGUUUUACGGUGGCUUUCCUGGCCAGGAACCUCCCUGGGGCCUUCAACGAAGCCAAGCUGAUCACCUUCAGCAUGCUGGUCUUCUGCAGCGUCUGGGUCUCCUUUGUGCCCACCUACCUGAGCACCAAAGGGAAGUACAUGGUGGCCGUGCAGGUCUUCUCUAUCUUGGCCUCCAGCGCUGGCCUGCUGGCAUGCAUCUUCAUCCCCAAGUGCUACAUUAUUUUACUAAGACCAGAUUUGAAUACAAAGGAGCAGCUAAUGAUAAAAGUAAAAUAG